AGAGCCCUUUCACACACCUCAGGAACACCUCUCUGCCUGCUGCCCGCUGCCCGCUGCCCAGACACACCUGCAGCCCUGCCCAGCCAGCUCUGCUCAACCAGAGCUUGUCAAUGUCCCAGACAUGAGCCAGCCCAGGCCCCGCUACGUGGUAGACAGAGCUGCUUACUCCCUCUCCCUCUUCGAUGAUGAGUUUGAGAAAAAGGACCGCACCUACCCGGUAGGAGAGAAACUUCGCAACACCUUCAGGUGCUCCUCCACCAAGUUCAAAGCCAUUGUGUUGGGGCUAUUGCCAGUGCUUUCCUGGCUCCCUAAGUACAAGAUCAAAGACUACAUCAUCCCUGACUUGUUGGGCGGACUCAGUGGGGGAUGCAUCCAGGUGCCCCAAGGCAUGGCAUUUGCAUUGCUGGCUAACCUUCCUGCAGUCAAUGGUCUCUACUCCUCCUUCUUCCCCCUCCUGACCUACUUCUUCUUAGGGGGUAUACACCAGAUGGUGCCAGGUACCUUUGCCGUUAUCAGCAUCCUGGUGGGUAACAUCUGUCUGCAGCUGGCCCCAGAGUCGAAAUUCCAGAUCUUCAACAAUGCCACUAAUGAGAGCUAUGUGGACACAGCGGCCAUGGAGACAGAGAGGCUGCAUGUGUCAGCGACACUUGCCUGCCUGACUGCUGUCAUCCAGAUGACCUUGGGCUUUGUGCAGUUCGGCUUUGUUGCCAUCUACCUCUCUGAAUCCUUCAUUCGGGGCUUCAUGACAGCUGCUGGCCUGCAAAUUUUGAUCUCUGUGCUCAAGUACAUCUUUGGUCUGACCAUCCCCUCCUAUACAGGCCCAGGCUCCAUUGUCUUUACCUUCAUUGACAUUUGCAAAAACCUCUCCCACACCAACAUCGCCUCACUCAUCUUCGCCCUGGUCAGCGGUGUCUUCCUGGUGCUGGUGAAGGAGCUCAACGCUCGCUACAUGCACAAGAUUCACUUCCCCAUCCCUACAGAGAUGAUUGUGGUGGUGGUGGCAACAGCUAUCUCUGGGAGCUGCAAGAUGCCAAAAAAGUAUCACAUGCAGAUUGUGGGAGAGAUCCAACCCGGGUUUCCCACUCCAGUGGCACCGGUGGUUUCGCAGUGGAAAGACAUGUUGGGCACAGCCUUCUCCCUGGCAAUUGUGGGCUAUGUUAUCAAUCUGGCUAUGGGCCGGACCUUGGCCAGCAAGCAUGGCUAUGACGUGGAUUCUAACCAGGAGAUGAUUGCCCUAGGCUGUAGCAACUUCUUUGGCUCCUUUUUCAAGAUCCAUGUUAUUUGCUGUGCUCUCUCGGUCACACUGGCUGUGGAUGGGGCUGGAGGAAAAUCCCAGGUGGCAAGCUUGUGUGUGUCUCUGGUAGUGAUGAUUACCAUGCUGGUCUUGGGGUCCUAUCUGUACCCUCUCCCCAAGGCUGUGCUAGGAGCCCUGAUAGCUGUCAACCUCAAGAACUCCCUCAAGCAACUCACUGACCCCUACUACCUCUGGAGAAAAAGCAAACUGGACUGUUGUGUCUGGGUGGUGAGCUUCCUCUCCUCUUUCUUCCUGAGUCUGCCCUACGGCGUAGCAGUGGGUGUCGCCUUCUCCAUCCUGGUUGUGGUCUUCCAGACCCAGUUUCGAAAUGGCUCCACACUGGCCCAGGUCAUGGACAUGGACAUCUAUGUAAACCCCAAGAUCUACAACAGGGUCCAGGAAAUUGAGGGAGUUAAGAUUGUCACUUACUGCUCCCCUCUCUACUUUGCCAACUCAGAGAUCUUCAGGCAAAAAGUCAUUGCCAAGACAGGUAUAGACCCCCAGAAAGUAUUACUUGCCAAGCAGAAAUAUCUCCAGAAGCAGGAGAAGAGGACGGCAAUGCCCACACAGCAGAGGAAGUCCCUCUUCAUGAAAACCAAGACGGUCUCUCUACAGGAACUCCAACAGGACUUUGAAAGUGCCCCCUCUACUGACCCCAACAACAACCGAGCUCCUGCCGCUGAUGGCACCAUAUCCUAUAUCACCUUCAACCCCAAUGCCUCAGUAGCUGCCCCAUGUGAGCUACCUACCUCUGCUCAGUCCCCCAGGGAGUCUAGUGACACUCUAGCCAGUGUCCCACCCUUUGUCACCUUCCACACUCUCAUCCUCGACAUGAGUGGAGUCAGCUUUGUGGACCUGAUGGGCAUCAAAGCCCUGGCUAAGCUAAGUUCCACCUAUGGGAAGAUUGGAGUCCAGAUCUUCCUGGUGAACAUUCAUGCCCAGGUCUACAAUGACAUCAGCCACGGAGGUGUCUUUGAAGAUGGGUGUGUACAGCGCAAUCAUGUGUUCCCUACCAUCCACGAUGCAGUCCUCUUUGCCCAGGCCAAUACUAGAGAAGCCCCAGCCCUCAACUUUCAAGGGGCUCCAGGGAACACUGAGUUCUUGUAUGAUUCAGAAGAGGACCAUUCCACCUAUUGGGACUUAGAGCAGGAGAUGUUCGGGACCAUGUUUCACACAGAGACCCUGACUGCCCUGUGAGGGCCCAUUUGGUUUGCAUACUGCCUCCUGAGUGCCUGGCACCUGUGAUUUCCAUGGACAAUAAGCUCAGGACCACAAGAAUGACAGAGAGAAGAGUAUGUCCACCAAGACUCUAGAUCCUCUCUCAACUCCUGUCUCUCUCCCACCUUUCCCUCCCUCCCUGUAUCUCUGGGAGAGAGCCAUCUCAGCCUCUGCAGCCUGAAAAGCCUGCCCUGAAAAAGAUGAAAGUCUGAUGAACCCAGCUCGUCACCUUCCCCUUCCCACUCAAGCAUGGGCCACCAAUAAGCUCAUUCACCCCAUCUACGCAAGCCCCACCCAUGGCAGCUGAUAGACACCUUGACCUCCAGCCUUAAGAAUGAGCCAAGGGCAGAAUGAUAAGAGCAACUGUGCUGAGCUGGGAGGCAGUUCAAGCGGGUCUGUGGCCUUUCUGGUUUGACCUCGGAGGAUUUUGGGCUGCCGUGGGACACAGGGAUGAACUGGGUUAGAAUGUUAAAGCUUAUCCCUCCACUUGCCUUCUAGUUGUCAGCUCUAUGCCUCAAAGAGAGGAUAAUAUCCACAGUCCAGGAGCCUCUUACUUUGUGCCCGUUUCUCUCUCCUUGUCCUAAGAAUGUUGAAGCCUUCUGCUGCUGCCCAGCACUUCAGCCUCUACUGUGGGUAGUGGACAGAACUCAAGGCUAUCCUGCUCCAGGGACAGCCCACCAAGGGGCUAACUGAGCCUCUUGAAUCUUUGCCACCUGGAGGCUGCCCCAUUCUGGGAGCCAGUGACCUGCUGAAUCUUCUGAUGAUACAGCCACAGCUAUUCUGCACAAAAUCUUUUGAGAAACCCUCUGUGUACUUGAGACAUGGAAGAAGAAGUAGGUUGCUAAUGCAAACUCAAGACAAGCUGGUGGGUUCUAGGCCCCGAGAGCCCACCUGACCUCAGAGCUCAUAUUGCCUCUCCUUCUGAAAUUUGCCAUGUUCAUUGUCACUUGGAAAGAGACAGUCAUUUGAACUCUCCCUUAUCACCCCAGAGCUGUGAUGGGAGGUCCACAGGAGGAAGUACUAAGGAACCAGCUUCAGAGCCCAACUGGGUACAGAUGUGAAGGACUAUCCCAGCCUGGGUCUUCCUCUACAAGGAACUCUUAAUCUCAGGACCUUUUUACCCUAAGAAAAAGGACAAUAGGAAUUAAAUUCUCAUGUAAACAGAGAGAUAACUGGAGAUAGCCCGCUGUUGACUUGAAAGUAAAUAGCCUUCUGUGCGUGUGUAUGUCUCUCUCUCUCUCUCUCUCUCUCUCUCUCUCUCACACACACACACACACACACACACACAUACACACACACAUCUUGUGAAACUACCAUGCAAGUACACAGAAAAUCUGGCCUCUCCUCAUUAGUCUCCAAGUUCCUAUAGUGUAAUGACCCCUGUGCCAAUAGGCUGGACUGGCCCAGCCUGGGAAAACAACCCAAUUGCUAACUUCAGCCUGACCUUCAUUAUGUGUCCAUGUGUUAAGUAAGCUGGUGAGCUAGCAAGGAUUCGCAAAGUUAAAGAACAGGGCUCUGACCAAGAGCCAACACAUUCUUGGCUGCAGCUGUUGCUUCGCAGUGAACUCAUUAUGCCAUCUAGCUGCCAAUGGAGCCCAAAACUUGGAAGGUAGAAAGACAUAGUUAUCUGGGAUUCACUGUGCCCAGCACUCAAAGUGCCAAAUUCCAGGAGAAAAAGAACCCCAACCAAUGACAAUUUGUCCUCCUCUACUCCACCUCCUCCAAAGUCCAGGAAGUAAAGAAAAGUCAGAGAGCCCCAGGACAUUAUAAGUCCCCUUUAAACCAAGUAUCUAUAUCUCAUUAACCUGCAGGCCAGGCCUGGACUGAAAGGGACUCACAGUGGCCUGGGGUUGGGGCUUGCAACAUAUUGAGUCUAAAUACACUCAUAGAAGUGGUGGUGACAGUGUGAUUAGAAACACAGGGGCAGGGGUAGGGUACAGAAAAGGCGCCGAAGAAAACUCUGCAGUUGCCACUCUUAGAAAAGAAUGCAGACUGCUGCCCUGGACAUGACUAAGGCAAGGGGGUGGGGAGUGCAAGGGAGCAGAGUAAUCCAGAUUUUCAAUACAUGUGGCUGUUCUUACAGACACUGACUUGUGACAUAGAUUCCCCAGGAAGGCUGAAAAUCUUACCUCUUGAGAAAUUUGUAUAAUUUAUUUAAAUGCCAGCCUC